AACCUUAGGCUUAUUGCCGCAAGCAAGAGAAAACGACGGAGAUUCCAAACACGUUUCUUACUCUUCUCCCUUUCUCUCUCACUUUUUCUCUCUUGUCUUUAGUUACUGUCUACUCUUUACAGUAUGACCAUCUGUUACUUUUGAGCGGACAAAAAUCCGAGUUCUAGACAGAACUUGAGCGGCGAAGAGGUGUUCACUCGUUGAAAUGAGCAUCGAGAGGACUCAGGGUGGCUGCGUUGCAAUGCGAACCUUCUCUUCCUUCUCUCCCACCAAAUGCACUCAUGGCUCCGCUUCUUCAGAGGAUGCAAUUAAUGACAUGCCGGCAUGGAUUGGGAGAGGUUUAACUUGUAUUUGCUUCAAGAGGAAAGGAGCUUAUGAGCGGCUUUGCACUAAUUUAACACCCUUGCAGGAGGAAAGACUUCAAAGAUUGAAGCAUCGAAUGAAGGUUUACUUUGAUGGUACCAGGCCAGAUCACCAGGAUGCUUUGAGAGCGCUUUGGUCAGCUACUUACCCUGGCAAGGAGCUCCAUGGUCUGAUAUCCGAACAAUGGAAGGAAAUGGGCUGGCAGGGCAGAGAUCCAUCUACUGAUUUCAGAGGAGCUGGCUUCAUUUCUUUGGAGAAUUUGCUGUUCUUUGCAAAGACAUUCUCUACAUCCUUUCAGCAUCUAGUAAACAAGCAAGGGGGAAAGAGAGCUACUUGGGAGUAUCCAUUUGCCGUUGCUGGUGUGAACAUCACAUUCAUGAUCAUGCAAAUGCUAGAUCUAGAUUCUUCAAAACCAAGGACACUUGUUAGAGAUGCUUUUAUACAAAUGUUAUCAGAGAAUGAAUGGGCAUUCGAUUUGCUUUAUUGUGUGGCUUUUGUGCUUAUGGACAAACAGUGGUUGGAGAAGAAUGCCACAUACAUGGAGUUCAAUGAUGUCUUGAAAUCUACUCGGGCUCAGCUGGAGAGAGAACUUUCAGAUGAAGUCCUACGCAUAGAAGACAUGCCAUCCUAUGGCCUUCUCUGUUGAAUAUAGUUUGCAGGAAAGAAGAGCAAGAAUGUCUAGAUUGGUCUGAUCCAUUUAGAUUUAGAUUACAUUUAGGUGGUGGUGUGGUGGUUGAGAAGGUUAUGGAAGUUUUGCUUAGCUGUUACAGCUCCACUCAAGUAUCUCCAUACUAGAAGUCUGAAGGAAAUUUAAGGUUUAUUUGUUUUCUUUUUCUUUCUUUUUUUUUUUCACUUUGAAUGGAAAUUAAUAAUUUGCAACUCAGAUCUGAGAAAUAAAAUUAGCUGUUAACCAUUUUGAAUACUCGAAUUGAAGUGCAUAGGAUAUUUAGGCAUCUUUCUUUUGCCGUUGCAUUGUGCUUGUUUCAGAGGACAUUGGUUGUUAGAUGUAUCUGUGGUUGCCUAAUACUUACUUCCCUGUGCUUGUA